UUUCCCCUUUGCUCGAUGCAUCAUUCCCCUUAUUCGUCGUGUGUCAUCAAGCGUGCUUGCUUCGCCUGCUGCGGUUCUGCGUGAUGCUUCCAUCAUGCGAAGUAGAAGAAGAAAUAAAUAAACAAUAAUAAAAGCAAUUAAGGCUCCAACAUUAUUCGCACUUUUCGGCCGGAAAUCGACGCAAAACCGGACCAAUUCGCACCGGAACCGUACCCACCGGUGACGCGGAAGUGUUUGCGACUGUUGGUUUGAGGGGGAAAAGGUGGAUUUUGGACGUUUUUUUGGCGAAAAGAUAGUUCCAGAACAGCGAAUCCCUUUCCUCGUCGUACCUCACACCAUCCAGCCCAUGACGGAGGGGACAUCAACAAAGGAAAGGAUAAUGGAUUCUGCUCUUACUGCUGCUGCUGCUUAAUUACGAGAUGAUAAUGGAUGACUGAUUUUGGAUCUUCAAAUUGGAGAGCGCGAGCGUGGUGAAAUCUAGCCGAGCUGAUGAUGCGACUCAAGGCAGGCAUUAAGGUUUCGGCGAUUCUGGAGCAGGGGACGAAGCGGAGUCGCCGGACCGACAAGGCAGCGGAAUGUCCCAAGAAGAAAAAGUUGGACCUCUGGAAAAAGGUCGCCGCCAUUCUCAACAAGCCGGAAUCGAAGCGUUCCCUGGAGGAUGAGCGCGUGCUGGGCAGUCACAAAACGCUGGUGAAGCAGGUGCUGGAGCGGCGGAAGCGUCGCGUCGAGUACAAGCAGCGCAUGCUGGAAACGGAGGACGAUCCGGACGAGUUGGAGGCGAAAGCGCUCCGGCUGGCGCAGGCCAUCGCUAGGUCGAACCAUUUGGUGGUUUACACGGGUGCGGGGAUCAGUACGUCGGCGAAGAUUCCGGAUUAUCGGGGGAGUCAGGGCAUUUGGACGUUGUUGGCGCAGGGCAAGGACAUUGGGGAGUACGAUCUUUCGCUGGCGGAUCCUACGUACACGCAUAUGGCGCUGUUUGAGCUACACCGGAGGGGCAUUUUGAAACACGUGGUUUCGCAGAAUUGUGAUGGAUUGCAUUUGCGGUCGGGACUGCCGAGGAGGUCGCUGUCGGAGGUUCACGGGAAUAUGUACGUGGAGGUUUGUAAGAGCUGCAAGCCCAACGUGGAGUACUGGAGGUUGUUUGAUACUACGCAGCUGACAAAGUUGUACAACCACAAUACGAAUCGACGGUGUAGGAAGUGUGGUAAUCCGCUGGUGGACACGAUUGUACACUUUGGAGAGCGUGGACAGCUCAAGUGGCCCCUGAACUGGGCAGGGGUCACUCCUCAUACGCAAAAGACUGACGCCAUUCUAUGUCUAGGCUCGAGCCUGAAGGUACUCCGGAAGUACACCUGGCUGUGGGCCAUGGACAGGCCAAUCAAGAAACGUCCAAAACUGUUCAUCAUCAACCUCCAGUGGACGCCCAAGGAUAACGUGUCGAGUAUCAAACUCAACGGGAAGUGCGAUGAAGUGAUGCGCCUGGUCAUGAAACACCUGAACAUCGAAGUUCCCGAGUACCAUCGGCUCAAGGAUCCAAUAUUUGCUCACGCAACCUUGCUACUGCCAGAGGAGCAGCACACGGCCUCCCAACCGAUGCUGAUCAAGGCUACCAAAGAGGAACCUGGCGAGGGUUGCUCCUCGAACGGCGUCGACGUCAAAACAGAACCCGACGUCAAGAAAGAACCCACCCUCCAAUCGCCACCUCCUCCACCCCUCCCAUUCAUGCUCAGCCCGCAGCAACUCCUCAUCAACAACCUGCUCAUGCAGCAGCAGAUCAACAACUACAGCAUCGUAAUGGCGGCCGCCGCCGCCGCCCAACUCCAGGUCAAAACCGAACCCGUCUCCAACCCCACCUCACCAACCGCUACAAAACUUCCGGUCCCCCCACUCGUCCCGUGCUCACCACCACCGCAACCUGCUGCAAACGGCCCGAACGUCAUCAAGAUCGACACCGCGUCCAGCUUGUUUGGCAACCUGCGCCAGAUGAUCAACACGGAAGACACCAACACCAAUUCGUCGGAAGUGACCUCCCCGCCGACGUCCCCCAACAAGAUCCACAUCAUGGUGAAGCCGGUUCUGCCGACGGUCGUGCCGCGGUUGGUGCCGAUAUCUCCGGAACAGGUGAAGGCUUCCAAGGAAGAAGAGGAAUCGCCGCUUGACGAAAAGGUUCCCGAGGGUCCGUCACUGCUGUUCGAGGAUCCCGUGAAGGUUAGUGAGAGCCUGCCGGAGUGUAUUCUACAGGAAGACUCGAUCGAAUCGGAGUCGCGAAGUGUUGCGACUGAGGACGAAACUUCUGAGGAGAGUUUGGAUGCUCGGGAGGACAAACCUGCUGACAAGCAAGUUGGUGAAGAGUUGGUAGAGCAGAAGGUUGAGGAGAAUCGCGAAGAUGAUCCUCCCAAAAGCGACGUCGAGCUUGAGAACGUCUCGAAAGAAGCUGAUAUUGCAAGUUCAGAUCAACAAGACUUAAGUAAAGAUUCAAACAUUACAUCGGAUGAACCUUGUAGUGAACCUCCCGUGGAGAAGAAAGACUGUCCGGUAGAUCUCAAGGCGCCACCUCCAAACACGGUGAAGGUGGUCCUUAGUCACAGCCCGAUCUUCAACCUGUACGAAAGCCCGCCCAAGUUCGUCGACGGAUGCCCGCCGGCCCUGGCCUUGAUCAGUAGUCCGAUCAAGUAUCAACUUCCGCUGCCGGCAGCCGGAACCAAUCCCGGACAACCCCUUCUCCUGGGGAUUCCCAAGGUGCUCGGUGACAGCAACAGCAAGACCGUCCCGGACCGGAAGCUCCUCUCCGCUAGUCGAAUCAUCCUCGGAGGUCAACAACCCAUCCAGCAACCUCGGCUCGUCCCGCCGAUAAAGGUUUCCGACAGCUUGAAGAGCUUCAGGCUGCAGAAGCCAACCAAACCUGCCGUAACUUCUCCUCCGGUGUCUCCACUUCAAAUUCCAACUCCGGUAACCUCACCGCGAACCAACCAAACCCCAAACGGAGUCCCGCCGCGGACUCCACUCCUCGUCAAUGGUUCCGUCGUCCCGCCGGGACAGCUCAUGAUCAACGGCAUGCCGGCGAUCAUCACGACCAACCUCGGGUCCAACGUCCCCAAAGCCAUCCCCGUUAACCCGGCUCAGCGAUUCCCAAUCGCCUACGUCCUGAACGGCGGCCUCCCAAACCAAACCGGGAACAUCGUCCUGCUAACGUCCCCUCCCAAACCGGUUGGAGCCGCUCCAAACGUCAAGGUGCUACCCGAAAACGCCCUGCCAACGGCUGCGAAACAGCCAGCUCAAAGCGACCCCGAAGAGCUCUCCUCAUCAGAGCCGGAGGACGAAUCGUGGACUCCGCGCAAGUCAACCCGACGAUCGAAACCACUCCAGGAGUCCGACAAGGCGGACGAAAACCGUCCGUCGGAGGAAACACCCCAGAAGCCCGAACAACCACCCCCCGACGAACCAACGCCCGAAAAUACCCCCGAGGAACCGUCCCCUGGACGGACGCGAAGCUUCCGGAUCCGCAAGAAAACCGACUUCCUCAACAUCAAGCAUCCGGAGAAGAAGAAGUCGAAAAAAGAUCCAGCCAAAGAAGAUCCGCCUAGUGCGGCACCAGUGGCGCCAGAACCCAAAUCCGAAUCACCCCGGGAACCGGUGACUCCUGCGAAGACGAUGCCAACCGUGUCUCCGAUGCUGCAGACCAUCGUGAUGUCGCCGGCCGCCCACCAGCUGCUGAGGACGCCGCCAACGGGCACGGUCAACGGGUCACCGACCAGUACGCUGCCGGUGAGGAGCAUUCUGACGUUUUCGCCCCCCGGCGUAGGUGGAGCAGGGGGAGCAGGAGGAUUCUUUGGGCCGUUUGUGACGCCGGUGCAGAACUUGGGAGCGGCCACCUCCGCCCAGGACAAGGUCAAGCGCAUCCUCAACUACUGCAAGGUCAUCCAGGCGGUCGGCGGUUCGGCCAACGCCGCCUCCCUGCUUCCCCAAUGGUACGACGUGAACUACGCGUACUCGGGCCUGCACAGCAUCAUCCAUCCACCACCGCCAAACGUGAACCUGUGGGGCGCCGGAGGAUCCCCGUUCAAGCACCAUCAGCACCAGCAGCCAGAACCAGCCAAUGUCGAGUGCAAGUUCUGUUACGAAAAUUACCGCCUCGUCGAGUGCCAGUUCUAUCUGCCCCAGCCGGCCACGUUUGCCGUCACGUCGAAUCGACGAGGCAAGGUGGUCGUGUGCGAGUGCUGUGACUUUUCCGACGAGGAACCUGACGAGGAGGACGUUCCCGCUGCUAAGGAGGAGAAACCCUCGGAGGAGGAGUUGAAGAUCAAGGAGGAACUGCCGUCGACUUCGGCUUUGCAGGAAGAGAUUAAAUCGGAACGGGAGUCCGAGGAGGACGAUCUUCGACCGUCGCCGGUUGAGAAGCGUGAGGUCGACGAGGUCAGCAGCAGCAGCGAUGACGUCCAGAAGCGACUCCGAAGCGGGGAAGCGGGGAAGGAGUCUCCCUGUGAUGGCAAGGCCAGCAAAGAGAAUGCCGCCGGGAAGGCGUCCGGUAAAUCGUCGUCCAGCAGCAGCAGCAAAAAGUCUCGCGUCAAGCCCGGUUGGUACGGCAAAGGGUACGGUAAGAAGCGUAAGAAGAAGGGACGAUUUGGUUAAGCUAUUUCCUACCUGUUGCAUUUGAUUUUUCGCUGUGUGUGAUUUCCUACUUUAAGUAUUGCCGAGUUUAUCGAACAAACUUGAACCUGUGUCGUCGUCCCUUCUUGCGUGUUUUCUGUAUUUUGUAUUUCUCAGAUGUCCUUGACGAAAGGACGAAUCGAUUAGUUAUUUUUAAGCUUUGCGUGACUACUCCUAAUUCUCUGUACAACUUUUACCACCCCAAAGUUCAUUGCUUUUAAACCAACGUACGUAGAAUUCCAUAAAUUAUUUUCAAAGAAAAGUCAAACUUUUUGUAUAAAAAAAACCUUUGCCUCACGUUGUGGUUUUGAAAAUUAACGAUUAAGAGAAUAAAAAUCUCUCGAAAAGAAAACUCCCUUUUCUAAGCAAAGAAGAGAUCUCACGAACGAAAAUUACACCAUUUAUAAAGAAAAGCAGCUCAAAGAAUCGGAAAGAGAGGGCUUUGACCUUCUCGAUGAAACGAAAGUUGCUGAAAUAAUGAUGUUAAGAGUCGAAAUUAGUUGUGGGUUAGCAUUUUCAAACAAGAGUCAUACCCUCCGCGCUUCAAUAUAACGGAAUUUCGAAAGAAAGGGGAGAACAAUCGAACAUGUUGCAGUGUUGUGUACAUUUGAGACUAAUUGAUAAGAGAGAUAGAGUAAAUAAGGUAGAGUUUAAAAAAUUAAGAAUUGUAUUUCCGGUGCUGGAAGUGUUACUGCCGGCGGGGAGGAAUAAAUUGAAAAACCGAAGAAACGUAUAAAGUGAAAA